GAAUGAAUGAAUGAAAUCGAAAUUAAAUUCGUUUUUUUAUAUACAUAUCUUAAUUUUACCUUGUAAAAAAGGAAAGAAAAGAAAUGAUGCUCCGCUCUAUUUUGAUCUCAGGGUUCAUGUUUUUACUCGCACAUGGUGUUUUUAGUGUUGGCACUGAGGAACUGUCAGCAUUUGUGAUGGAGGGAGAUUCAGUCACUCUACACACUAAUGUUGAAACAAAACAACAAGAAGAUAUAAAAUGGUAUUUUGAUGAAACUAGAAUAGCUCAAAUCACCGGAGAUCACAGUUAUAACUGUACAGAUGUUCAGUGUAAUGAAGACACUGAGAGAUUCAGAGACAGACUGAAGCUGGAUCAUCAGACUGGAUCUCUGACCAUUAGAGACAUCAACACCACUGACUCUGGACUUUAUGAAUUAAAAAUCAUCAGCAUCAGAAGAAGCAGUGAAAAGACCUUCAGUGUUACUGUUUAUGGUGUUCCUGCUGCUGAACAAGAAGAAAUGAAGAUAAAGUCAGUGAAGGAGGGAGAAUCUGUUACUUUAGAUCCUGGUGUAAUGAAAACCCCAAAUUAUGUGAUGAUGUGGUAUUGUAAUGACAUUUGCAUCGCUGAAAUCAGUAAAGAACCCAGAAUGAUCUGUACAGAUGUUCAGUGUAAUAAUGGCACUGAGAGAUUCAGAAACAGACUGAAGCUGGAUCAUCAGACUGGAUCUCUGACCAUCACAAACACCACAAACACUGACUCUGGAGAUUAUACACUACAGAUCAUCAGCAGCAAAAUCACCAUCAUGAGGAACUUCAGUGUUAAUGUCACUGAUUCAGGUCUGUCUUCAGCUGCUGUAGCAGGAAUAUGUGUUGGUGUUGUUCUGUUGUUCGUGACUGCAGCUGCUGUUGGUGUGAUUUACUAUCGCAAGCGUCUUCAAGCAGGACAGAAUAACACCGCAGCACAACCCAGUGAUCAGAUGGGUAAUUUAAAUGACUCAUCCCCUAAUCCGUCUGAUCCUAUGUUGAUGGCCAAUGCUAAUGUGACGUCCCCUGAUGAGAUUGAGACUGAGGCUGCCAGUGAGAUAUCACUGUAACAUCACUUGUACCAGUCAAUUUUUACCUCAAACACCACUGCAGAACAGAAUGAAAUUGAUAUAUUCAUAUAGCAAUAAUUGAAAAUAUUUGUAACAUUAACUAAAAAAAACCUACUACGGGGCUGUUAAAUGCUUGAAUCUGAUUGGCUGAUGAACGCUCAGAGGUAUGCAAUUAUUUUCUGGGAAACGCACGGCUAACAUAGUUCCAGGCAGCUCUCUUGACCGCAUUACAUUUCCAUAUCACUUCGCAUAGUUAACGGUAAUAAUGUUCACACAGUUUGUACAAAAGGUGUUUAUCAGCGCUGCCCUGAUGAUUUGAUCAGUUAGCCUAUAUAGUGUAACAAAUAGUACUAACAACUAGUACUAGUAACUAGUAACUAUAGUAACAACUUUAAGGCUACACAUGACAUUUCUCACUAGCGAGGAGACAGCAUUGUUUAGAGACGCAAAGAGGGAAGGUAAAAACAAAAAAAAACUAUUUAGAUUAAACUGCUAAUUUAAGCAGGUAAAAAAAAAAUCCAGACCAAGUGAUCACUUACUGCUUUUUAUUAAACGAACACAUGUA